AUGUAUAUUAAACUAUCUUGUUUGUGUGUAUUUUUCUUCCUGUUUAUUUCCUCUCUUUUUAUAAAAUCACACACCGUCGAUUCGUUUCGGCUGCAGUUCAGCUCGGGUCAGGAUCAUCGAUGGGUUUGGUUUAAAGUUCUUGGUUAUGAUGGCAGCCGGAGCACGAUGCUGCGUACACACGCUACAUUACUUUUGGUAAGCGUGAGAAAGAGAGACAGAGCUGAGGAGAGAGAGUAUCUCUGUACUCUCCAUACCGUGGCGUACAGCAUGGCUCAAAAGGAGCUGGAGAAGAUCUCGUUAGAGCUGCACAAAAUGACCAUCCACAGAGAUCAGCUCAUCCACAGACUGCACUUACUGGACAUGCUGAAGGAGUUCAGACAGAAGGCUGGAUACACUGCGGAAGCAGCCGAACCUGACGAGGGAGACGAGUACGGAAGAAUCGAGCAGGAACUCAAGCAAAUUUCUGAAAGGAAAUUAGAACUGCAGGCUUUACAAGAGGAGCUGGAAGGAGGCGCGACACAAAGAGGUUGCAAUGUUAGCGAAACACACAAACAGGACCCUUGCGGUAAUGAGAUAUUUACAGUGGAGAUGCCGCCGUCUUAUCCAGCUCCCCAGGUGAUUACAGAUAUAAACAAACUCCCACGACACCCAUCACAGAUCCAGUGUCCUCACUGUGAACAGUACGUCACUACAGAGACCAGCACAGUGGUAGGGAACACGUCGUGGCUCAUCUGCCUGGUGUGCACCUUCAUGGGGUGACUGCAUCGCCGGCUGCUGCCUUUUCCCCUUCUGCAUCAGCGGCUUCAGAGACGUGCAGCACAGAUGCCCGAAGUGUCGCAGCCUCAUACACACCUGUACUAACAUGUAAGGAUAAGGAAUGCCAGAAAGGAGAGCCUGCUGCGUGACCGGCUGCACGGAGUUGUGUGUGUGUGUGUGUGUGUGAGACACCGUGCACCAUGAUGGGAACCAUACAUACGUUUUAAUGACACAGAAAGCUCUAUGUACAGUGAUGGCAUUUUUACACUGGCACAUGGCAUACACACACACACAAAAGAAAACCUCAUGAAAAUGAACAGCAAAGCAGAACCAGCACUGAACUGGAGUACCCUAGUUUCCAGUAUACACUAGCGCUUGUGCAGUCAGAGGCAGAUGCAUUAAAACAGGUGUCGGGGCUUGUGGUGGUGGUUAUGAUGCUUUAUAACAAGACUGAAACCUGCCUCAAGCUCAGUUAGUUCCUCUGUAGAACGUUCUGGACCUUCAAUCAAUGCCUCUGUCUUGAGGAAACCAUUUCAAGCCUGACUAUAAAAUACAGCUCAUUUACUCCAGCACUUUGUCUCUCUGCCUGCUGAUUGUUUCACUACGUGUCCCUGCACCUCCUGUUGAAAUGAGAUCGUUGACUUUUGUUAUUAAAAUGAUUCCACGUAAAGGUCAAAGUGUACAUGUGAAUGAGCCAAUGAAUUAUACAGCACCUAAAAAAACUGUUCUGCUCCUAAGUGAAUGGGUUCAGCAACCGUUCUUGGUGGAACGGGUAACCGUUUUUUUUUCCACUGUACAUAGCAUUAUAAUAUCUAAAUUUAUUUAGUAAUGAUGCCCAGAUGAAGCUAUUAAUCAAUCAUCGCAGACAUUUGCAUAUACCACACUGAUCCUAAUAAUAAGGCAGGUCACCCUUGUAUGUCAUAUACAAGUAAAUUCACUGUAAAUGUUCUGAAUCUGACUAGUCUGUAAACGGCGUGGUGUUUGUUGUUAUCGGUGUGUGUUUUGUGUACGCCUGCACUGAAUGCUAUAAUAAAAGCAACUGAAAAUC